CGUUGGGGCUGAGGGAGCGCAAGUUCCACGGCCAACCAGACACAAGCGACUGUCGCCUUAGCAAGCGUUCCGGACACCUGAGGCCCCGCCCCUGCUCCUGCUCCAAGGAAAGGGGCGGGCUCGGGCUGUUUAAGUGGUUUUGGGGAAGAGGGCGGCUCGGUUUUCUCCCUGUCUCUGGGGACGCUGUACCUGCGGCUCGGUGGGCGGGGAACGGCCGCGUUAUCGGAGGUUGGACUGGAAUCCCAGGCGGGCGCCCUACCUCCCCGCCGAUUGGCCCGCAGCCCCUGAGGGCGGGGCUCGGGGCGGGACCUGGGGCGGGCACGUCCCGCCCGCUGCGAGGCGAGGGCCUCCGGGAUUCCUAGAGAGGACUCGGAAGUGCUCUCGGGGGUGGGAUCUAUGGCUCUACCCCGUUGGUCAGGGAAAGCUUGGACUUGCUUACUUCCGGCGAGGAAGUGUUGCGAAGUGUCGGCUUCGGUUUUCUCUCUGUUUGUAAGAAGAAACCCAUCUUCCCAGCCUUGGCUGCGGGAGCUUGAUCUUCCAGGAGAGCUCCCCGGGGCUGGGACCUUGAGCAAGGAGGAUGCCCUUUGUGUCCAGACGAGGGUCCUGUCCCUAACCUUGAUCGGGCCGGUUUUCGUGGCUCGGGGUCAGGGGCGAUUGUCGGGAAUCCGAGUGCAGAAUCUGUACUUAGAACCCCGGUUCUCUUCGGGACCCAUGAAGUCCCCCGUUGAUCUGUCAAGCUCUUAUGGCUUGAAGGACAGGUCCAGUUUUGACCGUUGUAAUGUUUUUGACCUCUGUUCUGACUUAAGUUUGGCUUGUGGUAGAGAAAGGAGCGGCUGCGUCUGGACUAACUAGUUAGUAAGUCUUGUCCUACUAUUAUAUGAAAUUUAGUGUUCUUCACUACUAAGGUUGUCUUUGAGUAAGCUAGAUGUCAGAUUUUUAUUGCUCUCCUGUAUCCUUUUUAAAUGUUGGAAAUAUCCCCUAUUGGUAAUUAUCUUGUGGGUGGAGUGCUGGCUGUCUUGCAGGACACAUUUUUAAGUAAAUUAAUCUGUUGAGCGAUCAUCUCUUUGCUGAUAAUGAUUUCCAAUGUAUCAGUAGGUUGCAUGCUAAUGAGAGUGUCCUUCAGAAGAUCUUAAAGAGCAAAAGGCAAAUUUGAUCAGUGUAACCCAGCUUACCUGGAGAGCUAUCCCAGUUGGAAUGAUAAUGACAGAAACUGGGGAAGUUAUAGACUUAGAUCCUCCGGCUGAGACUUCACAAGAGCAGGAAGACCUUCUGAUCGUGAAAGUAGAGGAAGAAGACUGCACCUGGAUGCAAGAGUACAACCCGCCAGUGUUUGAGACUUUCUAUCAGCGCUUCAAACACUUCCAGUACCACGAGGCGUCAGGCCCCCGGGAGGCCCUCAGCCAGCUCCGGGUGCUCUGCUGCGAGUGGCUGAGGCCCGAACUGCACACCAAGGAGCAGAUCCUGGAGCUGCUGGUGCUGGAGCAGUUCCUGACCAUCCUGCCCGAAGAGUUCCAGACCUGGGUGAGAGAACAUCACCCUGAAAGUGGAGAAGAGGCUGUGGCUGUGGUAGAAAAUAUCCAGAGAGAGCUAGAGGAACGCAGACAACAGAUUGUGGCGUUUCCCGAAGGGCUUCCUCAGAAGAUAGAGCCCCCUGGAGCCGGGCCCGAGUCCUUCAGUCACCAGCUCCUGCCCGUGGACCCGCAGCCUGAACAAGAGCCACAGAAGCCUCAUGUGCUGGAGGAAGACGCCCUUCCUGCUCUCCAAGUUCCCUCCCUUCCCCUGAAGGACAGCCAGGAGCUGACAACCUCACUUCUCUCAGCUGGGUCCCAGAAGUUGGUGAAAAUUGAAGAUGUGGCUGAUGUGGCUGUAUCCUUCAUCCUGGAGGAAUGGGGACAUUUGGACCAGUCCCAGAAGUCCCUCUAUAGGGAUGACAGGAAGGAGAAUUAUGGGAGUGUUACUUCCAUGGAUUACGAAUCCAGGAAUGACAGCAUGGAAGUCCUGGUAAAGCAGAUUUCCGAGGAGGCCGAAUCGCCAUGGAUGACCUCAGGAAGCACAGAAAGGAAUGUUCCCCCGAGCCAGGGGCUUGCAGAAGUCAGUGACCUUCACGGCAGGGUAGACAGGUGGCAGGUAAACCCCACGGUGGGGCGAUCAAGGCAGAACCCUCCUCAGAAAAGAGGUCUGGGUGCCAUCACGGACGUUCACCGUCAGCAGAACCCAAGCGGCGAGAGGGGUCACAAAUGUAAUGACUGUGGGAAAUUUUUCCUCCAAGCCUCCAACUUCAUUCAGCACCGGCGCAUCCACACAGGGGAGAAGCCUUUCCAGUGCGGGGAGUGCGGGAAAAGCUACAACCAGCGCGUGCACCUGACGCAGCACCAGCGGGUCCACACCGGCGAGAAGCCCUACAAGUGCCAGGUGUGCGGGAAGGCCUUCCGCGUCAGCUCGCACUUGGUGCAGCACCACAGCGUGCACAGCGGCGAGAGGCCCUACGGCUGCUCCGAGUGCGGCAAGAGCUUCGGCCGCCACUCCCACCUGAUCGAGCACCUCAAGCGCCACUUCAGAGAGAAAUCCCAGAGAUGCAGUGAUAAAAGAAGUAAGAAUACAAAACUGAAUGUUAAGAAGAAGGUUUCAGAGUUUUCAGCGGCAGACGUGGAACUCACAGGAAGAAUCCAGAGAAGUGUUCCUCCAGUUCAAGAUUUUGGAGAAGGCCAUGAACAGCAGGGCAAGUUGGAGAGAAAGCAGGGAAUUCCCAUGAAAGAGAGACUAGGACAAGCCUCUUCAAAGAGGGUGAAUUUCAAUGAAGUCACGUACGUCCACAAAAAGACCUCCCCAGGAGAGAGACCACAUAAAUGCAACGAGUGUGGGAAAAGCUUUAUCCAGAGCGCACAUCUUAUUCAGCACCAGCGCAUCCACACGGGGGAGAAACCAUUUCGGUGCGAUGAGUGCGGGAAAAGCUACAACCAGCGCGUGCACCUGACGCAGCACCAGCGGGUCCACACCGGGGAGAAGCCCUACACCUGUCCCUUGUGCGGAAAAGCAUUUAGAGUGAGGUCCCACUUGGUUCAGCAUCAGAGCGUGCACAGCGGGGAGAGACCAUUUAAGUGCAGUGAGUGCGGGAAAGGCUUUGGGAGGCGUUCGCACCUCGCCGGGCAUCUGAGGCUCCACUCGAGAGAGAAGUCCCAUCAGUGUCACGAAUGUGGGGAGAUCUUCUUCCAGUACGUGAGCCUCAUUGAACAUCAGGUGCUCCACGUGGGCCAGAAAAAUGAAAAAAGCGGCAUGUGUGAGGAAGCGUAUAGUUGGAACUUAACCGUGAUUGAAGAUAAGAAGAUGGAGUUACAGGAGCAGCCUUAUAAGUGUGACGUGUGUGGCAAAGCCUUUCGCUUUAGUUCAGACCUGAUUCAGCAUUACAGAGCUCACACCGCAGAGAAAACCUCCAAGUGCGAGACAUGUCGAGGAAUCGCUGGCCAGUGUUCCCACAUAAAGCAACAUCCAAAAAGCUGCUCCAACCCGAAAUCCCAUCAGUGUAACGAGUGUGGCAGAGGCUUCACUCUCAGGUCACAUCUCAAUCAACAUCAGAGAAUCCACACUGGUGAGAAACCCUUUCAGUGUAAAGAGUGUGGAAUGAGUUUCAGCUGGAGUUGUAGCCUCUUUAAACAUCUGAGAAGUCAUGAGAGGACAGAUCCCAUAAAUACCUUGAGUGUGUAGGUGUUUCUCUCGUAGAAGCGCUCGUACACAGUCUUAGAGAAGCCUUCCUGAGAAGGAGCCCCACUCCUGUAAUGAACGUAAUAGCAACUUCAAGCAUCUUCUCCGACGUAACCAUCAAACCUCCAGAUAUGUUGCAGUCCUUCAGUUAGAACUUAGGAACGCUGGAGAAUCCACAACAAAGGUAGCUGCUCUUCCCACUGAGAAAUGCUUUCGUUAGCAUCUUCAUGCUUAAGAAUCUAGACAAGAGAGAAGCUAGGGAUACAGGGGAUGAAGGGAAACCUUCAGAUGCCACUCAUUCUUCACGUGAGUCUCAGCACAUUGACACUGGGGAAGGCCUCACGAAUGCAGUAGAAAUAAGCUUUAGUAGUUUCUGCGUCAUUUGACAGUUUAUCUAUUCAGGGAAGAGCAUGGUGACAGGAAGAGAGGACUUCAGCAUGAUCUUGAUUUUGGUACCUCGGCAAUGAAUCUUUUCUAGAAAUGAUCCUCCCAGCCACUAGAAUGCUCCAGGCACCGUUCCCUUUGAGUAUUAAACCCUUCGAAAAGAAACUGACUUAAGGUAUUUAUGUUUUGGUAAAAUUGAGGUUCAGAGGCUGGACGGGGAUGUGUUCUUGUUGCCUUAUUCAAUCUACAACUUCUCCGUGAAACACCCUCUACCUUUUUGUUUUGUUUUGAUUCUCCCUAGCAUCAAGUUUAGCUAGUAGAAAGAGAAGUCAAGUUUGUAAAUUCAGGAGAAACUGUGUUGGUCAGUCACUUCUUGGGGAGAGGGGAGCGGGACCUUAGGGGCAUAGAGAAGAGAAGAACUGUGGACUGGUUUUUAGUCUAUUACCCACAAGAAUGAGGGCAGCUACAUCCAUAGAAGGAAUUGGACCACGUUGAGUGAAGAUUUGUGGUCCAAGCAGUGUACGUACCAGCUCCCAGUUGCCGUGGAGAUAGAGCUCUCCCAUAGGAUAAUGACGUGUAGAAUGAGCUUCAAUUUGAGUUGCAGCUGGAUUUGAAACUAAACACUAAUUAGGAACCAGGAGGUUAUGGUCUGGUGAGCCCUGCCUUGUGGGAAGGUCUGGGUGGGAUUGUGGGGGAAAGACAAUUACAUGGAUGAGGGUUAACUUGAGCCUGUUUGCUAGAGAGGGACACAGGCUUCUGGGCGCUGCUGAAGUAAGUCCUGCUUCUGCUGACUGCCUGGCUUAACAAUAAACACCCAAGAAACACUU